UGGCUCUGCAGGCACAGUGAAGCCACAGUCUCAGGGCUGGCACAGGUCUAAUAUUGAAACGCUUCAUUUUGGCGCCUCCCGUCUUCAAUGCUCUGGAAAGCCAGCCUUCCUCUGCUCUGGGCUCAGGAUGUGGAUGAGCAAGUGGAAACACUAGCGAUGGCGAUGCAUCCAGUCCUAAAGGCCUUUGUGUGCGGCUCCAUCUGUGGCACUUGUUCCACGCUCCUCUUCCAACCCCUUGACCUGCUGAAAACGCGCCUGCAAACUCUGCAGCCUGCUGUGAAUGGUUCCUGUCUUGUCUUUCUUUCAGGUCUGGUCGUGCUGGGAUGGUAACGCUGCUCUUUAGGGUUGUUCGUACUGAGAGUAUUCUGGGACUCUGGAAAGGUGUCUCUCCAUCCUUUGCAAGAUGUAUUCCUGGGGUUGGGAUUUACUUCAGCACUUUGUACAUGAUGAAGCAAAAGUUUCUUGUGGACCGUUCACCCACAGCCCUGGAGUCUGUCUUUCUGGGUGCCACCGCUCGUGCCGUUUCUGGGAUUUGCAUGUUGCCGGUGACUGUAGUGAAGACCCGAUAUGAGAGUGGAAGAUUUGGCUACGGGAGUGUGUAUGGAGCCCUGAAGAACAUCUAUCAGACGGAAGGGGCUCGUGGCAUGUUCAGUGGGCUCACGGCAACGCUGCUGCGGGAUGCGCCCUUCUCUGGCAUCUACCUGAUGUUCUACACACAGACCAAAAACCUCACACCUCAGGACCAGCUGGAUCCAGUGCUUGUGCCCUUGCUGAAUUUUGGCUGUGGGAUCUUUGCGGGAAUCUUGGCCUCUCUGGCAACGCAGCCUGCUGAUGUCAUCAAAACACACAUGCAGCUGUCACCCCAGAAGUACCACAGGACAAGCCAGGCCAUUGCCUUCAUCUACAAGGACUUCGGGCUGGUUGGCUUUUUCCGAGGCGGUGUGCCCCGAGCCCUCAGGCGCACUCUGAUGGCAGCGAUGGCAUGGACGGUGUAUGAACAGAUGAUGGAAAAAAUGGGCUUGAAGUCCUGACUGAGCUGCAUGAGAAAGGACCAGCUUCACUCCUUCUCCCGCUUGCUGUGAUCAGCUGGCACUGGGAAGUUCUGAGUUCCACAGAGGAAUAAGCCUUGCUCAGCCAGGAGGAAGAAAGCCCUUCUGAGACAGGGGAUUAGGCCUUUUGGCAAGUGGAGGAAAGGAAGGAUCGGAUCUUUGCGUUAUUCGAUCAAUGCAUUCCAGAAGGACUGCACUUGCAGACUGCCAUGGGAAAUGGCAGGGUAACUAUGCUGAGAAGCCCCUUUUAAAAAUAACUCUGUGCUCACCACCUUUAUGCAAUGAAACAGUGCUAGAGGAGAAGUGUUUGAGGAAAAAACAGUGAUGGCACAACCUGCCAGCCUGUUCCUUCCUGGUGUGGCCAGAAAGGCCACAGUGACCACCAUCUGAUAUAGAUCCUCCUUCCCCAUAUGCUUUGUUCUCACAGGGGAGCACUCCAGGCCCUGGUGGGAGACUGGAUGUGUCUUGUAGUGCUUAUAUUGCCAGAGUGGAUGAAAGAGGAGUGAAGCGCAGAAGAAAAACUAGAAACAUGGUUUCUGCCAUCACUUUUGUACCGUGUGUGAUUGCAGAGAGAGUAACUAAAACGUCCUUGCUGUGUUAUGUGUUAUUUGAUUGAGCAUCUUAGCACUCUUGAAAUGUCUUUCUGCCUCUACAGGAGGGUUCGUGCAGGAAUUAAGAAGCAUAAGGCACUUUAAAAUUGAUUGCUACCAAAGUUCUCCUUGUUCUCUGAAAAAAAAAUUGCUGCUGGUCAUACUAUAGCAGGAACACUCAAGUGGGUUUUGUUAGGUUUUUUUUAAUGCAGUUGUCAUAGAGACUUAUUUGCUUCCUAUUCCUUAUUUAUUAAUCCCUGAUCAACACCCUCAGUGUGAACUGGUCCUUAGAUGUAGCUUUUAGGGCCACGGCUCAUAAUGGAUAAAUGUAUAAUGGAAACAGGUAUAGAUACUGGCACUUCAGAUUUCUCUUAAAACAGCUGCUGAUUGCAUGUGGAGUAUGUUUUGGUGUGGAAAGAAAAGGUUGUUAUUUCUGUAAGCUUUCUCCAAAGUUUGAGCACUAUGGGUGCUUGGUGGGGAACUUUAAUUUUCUUACAGACCCUUCACAUUUUCCUGGCUGAUGCUUUUCUCUUAUCAGGUAGUCCAUGUUCGAGUAUCCCUGAGUUUAGGCUUAGAGAUAGAUACACACUUUUUAUCCUCUGUGCCUUCUUACUCUUUCCUACUGUGUUACACAGGCCUCACAGUAUGUGCUAGGUACAGCCUGCUCCCCUCUUCACUUGUGCCUCUGUGGUGGGUUGGGUCCCUUGCAUCUCUGUUAGCAUAGCCAUGAAGCUGGCGUGGAAGUGUGCAUCCUGUUCUGUAGUGUGCCCUGCAGAAAUCUUAGCUUUGGCUUUUAUUUUCUUAAAUAUCUAGGGAUAUUGAAAUUCACUUUAGAACCAGAGCACUUGUCUCUAAAUAUGAAGACAUGAUACUGUAGCUGUAUGAACAAACAGUGCUACCUACCUGUUGUUCAUAAAUUUUAGAGUGUAUUUCGGACAAUCACUGCCUGCCCUGGCAACUUCCCAAGCAUAAGAGUAGAGGGGAUGUGGGUUGUUAAGGUGUUCUCUACCAGAUUUCAACUCCAAGAAGGCUUGAUGACUGAUGUAAAAGUUGAGUGAAGUGUAAGAGGACAGGCUGGAGGCUAGGAAAGUGCUCCCUGUUUUCAGACUCAGCCCGUCUGUGAGGGGAGGCUGGUGCUCUGCAGUGCAGGAGUCUCCAGGAAUGGUGGUAGAGGGUUCCAUGUGCACAUGUGUUAGCGGUAGAGCACUGCAUCAAAUCAGGCAUGUGGCACAUUAUUUGCUAAAUCCUAAAUGUGAGCACCUGUUCCUUCCUUUUGCUGUUCCUUCUACCCUUCGUGACCUGAACUUGUGAGAGUGCAUGAAACCGUGGUAACUGCACAUCCUGCUUGUUUGUUAUCCCGAGCACUACUGGCACGGAGAGCGGGAGAACCAAGUCUAGGAUUGCUGACCUGGUGGAAUAAGGUGGCAGUUAGAUGAGUUACCUCAUUUGUCCUUUAUUCCCCUAUGCAUGGGAUCAAACCAACAUUGUGGUGGGAGCCUGAAUUUAUUUGGGGCUUUCUAAAUCUGGCAUGUGACUUGGAUGUCUUGAUCGUCCUGGGCUGUGGUCGUGAAGGGCAGUGUGUGGAGUCACCUGCAAAGUGCUUUACAUGUAUUUUGUUCCUGUUUUAGCAAUGGCAAAGCAAUGUGCAACCUGUGCAAACAGAAGCUCUUAAAAAUGAGGCAGGCAAGUAAAGAAUGACAGCUAAUCUGGAAUUAAGUAAGGUCCUCAUCAGAAACCUGAAAUUCAGGAACACUUUGGUGGCUUUUAUGUCCCUGUACUCCUGCCUGGUCAAGUAACAAAGGAAGAAGUAGAGAAUUUAUUCCCCUGUGCUAAUGUUUAAAAGCCUACUGUGGGUUGUUUGUUUGUUUGUUUUAAAUCUGGAAUCAGGCCUAAAGCAGUGUUAGCUUUUUCUUUGGGAAAGUUGUUCCGUUCUGCUUUGGUUCUUUGUUAUUGGACUAGAGUGAAAAACUAUAUGGUUUUUGGCUUGUGGAUUAAUCUGGGCUCCUCUGAGUUUAAGAUAUCGAAAAUCUAAACUGCACUGUGUUUCAUCUACCGUUGGUGCUGCAAAUCCAGAAGCUUAUCUACCUGUGAGUUAUGAAUGGGGAGAAUGAAUUCUGUGGUGCAAACUUGUUUUUCUUUGUUAUGUCUUUUGUCCAGUGUCAUACAUGGGGGAAGGGAAAGCCUGAAGUUCUGCUUCACUCUGUUCUGAAAGCUUUAUCACAUAGUCAGGCACAAGACUGUUUCUCAGCUCUGAUCCUUACAGUCCUUCGCCUUUUCCCCUCUUCAAAAACAUUCUGUUUCUGAAUUAAUUUAUUGAAGUUACUCCUUGAUAGCUAUAGAAAGUCAAGACAGUCAAGUGUGUGGACUUGAAGUUUAGAUGUAUUCUCCUUGAGUUUUAAUGCUUCUGCUUAACAACAAAUGGUCACUGUACAGCCUAAAGGUAAAGUCAAUCAAAUAAAAGAUCUGGACAGAGAUGCUUAAUCACCUACCUCCAUCGUGCCAGCAAUUCAACACUAACAAUCUUGUCAGAUAAUAAUUUCAAAAGCCAUCUUAGGUUGGAUUCCAGAGACAGUGGUGUGAUCCCUCUGUGCACUUCAGAAUCACAGCUGGAUCCCUCUUGGACUGAUCUCUGUUGCUGGCAAUGCACUGUUGGGGAAUGUGCAUGGUCUCUGCUUGCCCCUGCAGCUGUGGCUAAGAACACAGCUGGCUGGCACGUUGAGGCAGGCAGUAUUUAAGUGAGUUGUAAGGACACAAGAGAAACAGUCUGAUUAUUCAUGCUUUAGAAACUUCAUGUUUCCAUUCUUCCUGUGUGAUGAUUUGUUUGGGGUUUUUUUUCCCUCACAGUUUUAAAGAGAACUGGAGCUUCGGAACAUUGCAUAGCUUUGAGUAUUGUGAGUGCUUAUGUGUCUAUAUAAAAUAUUUAUGUGAGAAGAUGUAUUAUAUGUUUCUAUUAAAAACUGGUUGCAAAAUGAA